AUGUCUCCGGGGAAGAAGAAUGGCGGAAAACGCGGUGAGCAAGAGGGUGACGGAAGACCCGACCGGGAAGUGCUGAGACCUCGAGGCCGUGGUGGCCAGUCCUUCGGCUCUCGAGGUCGCGGUGGUCAACCCGCCGGCCAACAAAGCCGUGGUGGUCCACCACUCGAUCAACGGGGAAGCGGUGGCCAACCCGCUUCUGCUCGCGCCGGUCUGCUCGCGCAACGCCCGCUACCCUCACAGUACCCUGGCUUCCUGCACCGGACCUUCCUGCAGGGGAGCGAACUGGAAGGCCAGCUCAUUCCAACCUGGAAGGAGCAGAACGGUGGUAUGAUACCGGCGACCGUCGUCACGAUGCAGAAGAUAAGCGCUAGAACCCUCCUCGCAUGGAGGACACCCUUCGGGUCUGCGGCGGACGUCAAGGAGAUGGGGGUCGUGGCGGACGUGCCGGAUGAGGAACCCCCACCGGCCCCACCCACGCUCCCUCGACCGCAGAGGAAGAGGAGAAACCCUCGCCGUCGCAGAAAGCCCAAAGGCGCCCGUACCAGCGGCAAUGCCGAGGACGUGCCUAUGGAGGGCGCGGAGACGCGCGAAGUUCCUGGGCCCUCGUCACCCGGUCCCAACCUGGACUUCGCAAAUUCCUCGCUGAACGCGCCUCCCCGCCGAACUGCAGCAGAGCUCCGGGCCUUGUCCCUGGGCUACCUGGGGGAGCGAAAGACUUGCGGGAACUGCCAAAAGCCCGGUCACGAGCUGUCGCAGUGUCCCGGGCCCGUGGACGCCGACGGCUUCAUCUCCGGCUGCCCGCGCCACAAUACGAAGGAGCAUUCCUUCGAUUCUUGCUUCGAGGGCGAGGAUGAGGCGGAGCUCUACAGGGCGCUAGUCCUGAGUCGAGCCAACGUCCCUCCCUUACGGACCAAGUAUAGCUGGCCUGAGAUUUUCGCCAAAUAUAAAAUCCACUUCGGCGUGGUCGGCUUUCCCCUGACGCGGGGGUUUAGUCUUCAAAUCCCGGCCGAGAAGAUCGAGGCCUUUGACGUCUGGGCCCCGGCGCAAGGUCAACUGGGGAUAGACGUUCGCACCUCCACCAUCAUCAAUGUGCGGGAGAACCUUGACUCUCUACUGGAGAGCGAGAAGGCGCCCAGCGAUGUGGCCAUGGAAGCAGGCGAAGAGACCGAGGUAAAGGCCGAGCUCUAA